AUGAGCAUCCCGUUAAUCGAUGAAGAUUUUAACAAAGCCAGCUCUAGUAUAAAUAGCUCACUUAAGUCCGAUUUAUCAAUAGAGGAGAUCACGAAUAUGAUUAAGAUUUUAUCUCUCAGAAGCGAAGAUAAUAAGCAACGAAAGAGGCAUUAUGACAACAUACCUCCUAUAUCCCCAGCACAUAGAAGAGUUAGCAAGAUUAAGAAAUAUCCCAAGAUAGAUUUAGGCGAUGGAUGUGGAAAACUUUCAAUCAAAACACACCUCAAUAAUAUUUGGAAGUCGGUUCAUUUUAUUGAAAAUGAUAUAGAGUAUGAAAUUUUUGAAAAACUUCGUAUUAUUGAAUAUGAACUAAUUUGUAUAAAUAAAGCAAAGUUACCAUGGAUAAAAUCUGAGGCAGAGAUAAGUUCAUUCAGCUCUGAUUCAGAAUCCACGGGUUCAGAUUGGUGUGAUCUCGAUCCGAUAAAACCCCGAAAGAAUUAUGUCCGUAUUACAAAGAAAAAG